UUGAUAUAAUCUGUGUGGUUUCAAUUAAUUUAAUAGUUACAUAUCAAUAAAUCGUGAUGGCGUGGAAACAAUUGACAAUCGGUCUCUCUACGUUAUGCUUUGUUAAAGAAAUGCGUCCAUCAGAACCAUUUCUUUCAUUAUAUUUAGAAGAAAAUAAAAAUUUCACAUUUGAGGAUAUACGGCAGGAGAUAUACCCAUGGUGGACGUAUUCAUCUCUUGUUUGGAUCAUACCAGUGUUCCUGCUUGCAGACUUUUUUCGGUACAAACCCGUCAUAAUCGUUAUAAAUGCAGCUGCAGUUGGCUCAUGGGCUCUCUUGUUGUGGGCUGAGGGUGAAGUUGCGAUGAGAUUUGCACAGGUUUUAAACGGUAUUUUUACAGCUGGCGAACUAGUUUAUUAUUUCUAUAUUUUUAUAGAAAUACCUAAAGAACAUCUAAAGAAAGUUUCGCUCUAUUUUCGAGCCUCGACUAUUUGUGGUAAACUAUUUUCGUUUGUAACCACGCAAUGUCUUUAUUCAUUUUGUGUAGCAGACCUUUAUGGUCUGAACUGGUCUUCAUUUAUAGGUGUAUGUGGUGCAUUGUUCAUAUCCUUUCUUUUACCAUGGACUAAACACUCAGAGAUAUUUCACAGAGUGUCAUAUUCAAUACCAAAAGGACCAACACCAUCUGACACCGCUGAGGUGGAGACUGAUGUAUCUGAUCUUAAUGAUUCUGGAUAUCAAGAUUAUAUGGAAAAAGAUAAUCUCAUGAUCUCUGGAGAUAAGUUACAUCACAGUUCAAAUGAACCUGGUUAUAGAUAUAAACUUUUAUAUAUGUGGACGGGGUUGAAGUACGUUUACAGAAACGAAGGAGUGUUCGUUUGGUCAAUUUGGUGGGCACUGGCUACAUGCGGAAACUUUCGGAUAUAUUACUACGUCCAAAACUACUGGGGUUCGAUCAUUGGUGAUGACACCGAAUGUCAUGACCUUAUAUACAAUGGAGCUGUGGAGGCAAUAUCAUCACUGUUUGGUACUAUUGCCAUUUUCCUAACUUUGUGCGCACCGGUUAAAUGGUCGACGCGAUCAGAAAUGGUAAUGUCCGUCUUGUGUGCUUGUAAUGCCGCUUUUCUGAUUUUAAUGAUGGAGCAUAAAAAUAUAUGGCUAGCGUAUGUUAUGUACGUCUUGUUUCGGACAUCACACAUUAUAAUAGUAACCAUAGCAACUAUACAGGUAACGCUGCAUUUAGAAAGACAGUUGUAUGCAGUAGUGUUUGGCUGUAAUAAAGUUUUUGUCACUUCCCGAAAAAGAGGGCGGUGGUUACAUUUUUGGUGGCUGAAUAGAGCAGGGGAAAUUUGGGCUUGGGGUUGA